UGAGUUUCUUGCCAAGAGACAGCUGGGCAACAGAAAAAAAUCGGGGUUUAAAAAAGAAAAAUACAGGGUUAAGAAUGGCCUAUCAAUCGGAGGUGAUCAUUGACGCUCAGCCGCAACCUGCAGGCACCAGCUACACCUUCGAUAAUCAAGGAAGCUGGAAUUCAGAACUGUGCGACUGUUGUUCUGACCUGGGCAUUUGUCUUUGUGCCACUUUUAUACCUUGUGUUCUUGCCUGCCGGGUCUCGGAACAAGCCGGGGAAUCCUGCUGUCUCCCAUUUUUGCCAGGGUCUCUGAUCGCCCUCCGGACAGGAGUGCGUGGAAAAUACCGUAUUCAGGGGUCUAUUUGUGAAGACUGGAUAGUCAUGUCCUGCUGCCCGCUGUGUGGACUCUGCCAGAUGGCAAGAGAGCUGAACAGGAAUUGAGACGACAGGAAAGAGGGGGCUAGACUUCACUCUGGAGAAAGCAAAGGAAGAGUUGAAGAAAUGAGUCAGGGGAGACAAAGCUAGCACUGACAGAUCUGAAGUGAGAAAGAAAGAGGACAGAAGAUUACAACGGGAUUAAUUUUCCUAUCUCUUCGUUGACUAGAGUUUGAAACUCCACAAUGCAAAAUCCUGCAAAUAUAUAUAUAUAUAUAUAUGCACCAAAACACACAACCACACAUACAUAUAUCAUAAGAGAAAGGAGGUUAUUUUUUACAUCCUAUAAGGAAUUAGAUAUAAUUAUGAGUAAACACAAAGUCAUACUUAACUUCCAGAAGUUGCUUUCUUUCUCUCUUUGGUGUCAUCUAGCGGUCGUCCAGAAUCUUACAGACCAGAUCUGAUUGUCCUAAACCAGGGGUUUUUCAAACUUGACAACUUUGUGGACUUCAACUCCCAGAAUUCUUCCAUGCAGGCAGGGGAAUUUUGGGAGUUGAGGUCCGCAAGUCUUAAAAUUGCCAACUUUGGAGAGACCCUAGAUUGAACUAGAUUCUGAAUGCAGCUGCCUCUUGGUGCUAACAAAAGAGUUAGCGCCUCUCGCAGGAAGAUUUAAUAAGCAGGGAUUUUUAUGUUUAUUCCCUCUGUCAUUUCCACCUUGAAAUC